CAUAACAUUGUUCUCCAUGCAAGCAAAUCUGGUAGGAACCAACCCAAUCUUCUUCAUCAAGCAAUUGUAUGUCACACAUCAUCAGGAUUGAUUCUCAUCUUGUUCGUCUCCUUAUAAAGCAGCGAUUACUGAAGAAAAUCCAAUAGCUGGUGGCCCACUUGGACGUUAACGAUAUAUAAAUAUGGUCUUUACUCUUUACUCUUUAGGUCUUUUGUUAAUUGGUUUCUCUAGGUCUUACUUUAUAUACAAGUUAUCACAUCUCUCUUUCUUCGUUUGAUCGGCAAUCAUGAAUCCAAGUACAAUAACGAAUGAUCUCACCGUGGAGAUUUUGUCGAGAUUGCCUGCAAAGUCAGUCGCGAGGUUUCAUUGCGUGUCGAAGCAAUGGGGAUCAAUUUUUGGUAGUCCAUAUUUCAAGGAGUUGUUCCUGACCAGGUCCUCCACUAAGCCGCGCCUCUUAUUCGCCAUGGCAGAGAAAGUCAACGAAGAGAAAAACUGUGUGUGGAGGUUCUUCUCGACGCCACAGCUUGAGAAUCCAUAUGAGAAAUCCUCAUCGACUCUUGUAGCAGCCGCUGAAUUUCAUGUUAAGUUCUCUCCAGACAAGCUAUAUAUCUGUCAUUGUUAUGACCUAAAAUAUUUUUCAAUUGGCUACGCCUCGGGGUUGAUCUAUUUAUAUGGUGAUCGAGGCGAGGCUACACCUCUAAUAUGUAACCCCACUACAGGACGGUAUGCCAUCUUACCUAAUCGGUAUACUUACAGAAAGGCGUAUAGCUUUUUCGGAUUUGACCCGAUUGACAAGCAAUACAAGGCAUUGUCCAUAUUUUAUCCAUCUGGUCCUGGUCAUAGUAAAAUUCUUACAUUUGGGGCUGGACAUAUGAAGUGGAGAAAGAUAAAUUGUCCCUUACGAUAUGAUAGACAUGAUAUUAAGAGUGAAGGGAUAUGCAUCAAUGGAGUUUUGUAUUACUUAGGUAGCACGUCGGAUUGUGUUAAGGAUGGUCAUGGCAUAGUAUCUGAUUAUGUGAUAGUUUGCUUUGAUAUUAGGUCUGAGAAAUUCACGUUUAUUGACGUAGAAAGGUUUUGUCGAUUGAUCAACUAUAAGGGAAAAUUAGCUGUGAUUUAUUGGGAGGAUGAUGUCGACAUUUAUAAGCUUUAUUAUUCGGAUGUCGACGAAUAUGUGGAGUAUAAUAUUAACGAUGAUGACAUUAAUGAGUUGCGUGUGUGGGUUCUAGAGGAUGUUAAGAAACAGCAAUGGUCGAAAUAUGCCUACACUUGGACCGAUGAUAGAUUCUUCCGUCGUCGUGUUUCCAUCGCUGGAGGGACUGCUUCGGGUGAAAUAGUGUUUUCGAUGCUCAAAUAUACACCUAAGCAACCGUUUUAUGUUUUCUACUUCAAUCCCGAAAGGAACACUCUCCAACGUGUUGAAAUCCAAGGUUUUGGUGAAGUGUUAAAGAAAACUUGUAGAGUUUGCACCUUUGUAAACCACGUAGAGGAUCUUAAUGUUCACGACUUUAAACAACUCAAGUCAGUCCAUCCCCCAUUGGUGGAUGAGCCAGAUUCAGAAUCAGACUAGGAGGGGCAACGAGAAGAAGGACAUAGACGAUCAUUGGAGUUAAGUGAAAGGCUGAAAGCAAUGGGCAACUUCAUUUUGUGCUCUUUUCUAUGCGUUUUUGUUUUUUAAUUGUCACUCUUAUUUAUGCGUUUAUGCUCUAUUGAAGAAGCACAUUCAUUCUCAACUCGUAACUUUUGUGUCAUUAUCAAAAGAACCUUGUAACAAGAACAUGUUCAUAUCCUUAAAUUCAUUGAACAUAGCAUUAUAUUGCG